CCUCCUCCUCCACCUCUGUCUCUGCCUGUCUCCGCACUGCUGGCCUCUCUUCGUUGUGUGUCACAGGCAGCAGCAGCAGCAGCAGACAAUUGGCGAACACAAACGCGGACUGCGGACUCACACUGCGCUCAUAUGCUUCGUUUGGACGUAUCGGGGGAGAAACGCGGGAUUGUACUUUAAUUUGUUGUGAACUGUCUCCGAAAAGCGUUUCUGCCCUGACUGCCCCCCACCCCCUCUCUCCUUACCCCCCUGCGCGUGUGGAUGGUUGACUGCAGAUUUGAUGGUGCUGAGCAGGCUCGUCUGAUUGAAGGCUUGCGGCCAGGGGGGGAAUCUGUGGGGGCCGCAGAGGAAGAAACCUCUGUCCACGGCCGCGUCCGUCCUCUGCCCCUACGAUCGUGAAUGGACUGCGCUCCUUCAGUGAUUUUCUGCAGUCGCUCUGAGUCAUUUGUGGAAGAAGAUGGCGGACAGGGCUGAGAUGUUUUCCCUAUCCACUUUCCAUUCCCUCUCUCCUCCUGGCUGCAGGCCAGCCCAUGACAUCAGUCUGGAGGAGUUUGAUGAUGAAGAUCUCUCUGAAAUUACAGAUGACUGUGGGAUUGGACUCAACUAUGACUCUGAUCCAUAUGAGAAGGAUUCCCUCAUUCUGGAGAAGAAUGACAUGCACCACCCAGUCUGUUCCUUCCAGGACGACUUCCAAGAGUUUGAGAUGAUUGACGAUGAAGACGAGGAUGACGAGGAGGAAGAGGAAGAGGAUGAAGAGGUCGACCCUGAUGCGCCACCAUCCCCCUCUGCCUCUCCUCCACUCUCCCCUACUCUUGGUACUCUAAAGAGCAGACCCACCACACUGAACCUCACCACUGCUGUAUCGCAGGAUUCUCUGAACAACAACAGCAGUCUGUCCCCAAAGAAGGGAAGCUGGCAGGACUCUUUACGCAACCCUGCCUCACAAGGCCGUCUGUCUCCAACCCACUCAUGUCUGGAUGAUGGUAGCCAUGUGACAGGCCAGUGUCCGGCCUCUCCAGUUUCCCAGGCACCAGGGUCUCAGAGCAAAGGUACUCCACCAAAACAGACAGGGGAGGGUGGGAACCCCCAGUCCCCUCACAGGCCCCUCCUCUGCGACAUGGAGGGCAACAGGCGGGAGAGGCCCGAAUACGGCUCAUUUGGUCAACACAAGUCCCACCCAUGCUCUGGUGAUGUCACUGAGCCAAAAGCUGACCCUUCAAUCCAGACAACCAGAGUGCCCUCUGUAGAUGAGCACUCCCAGUGUUCGGACACAGAGGUGGACCAUGACCUCAACAGCGACCACAAUCACAAACAUUCAAACCGGCGUGCCACUGACACCUACACAAUCACCAGCGAGUCGGGUAUGGGGCCAGAAAAUGACCCAGACCCAGAUGGAACCAGUCGCUGCUUGUCAUCCACCGCACCCAUGGGAGCCAACGAUGGGGCAGACACACCUUUGUCUGAUGAGGAGCUGGAGAAAGACUUCGAAGUGGAGUUCAUGUGUAAGGAGACCUAUGAUAUGGUGUGUAAGGAGAAUCACUCAUCAUACGUUGAAUUCCCCUCCAUUGAACCCUCCGAGCCUGCCUCCUUCUCCAGCUAUGUGUCCUCCAGCCGCUCAGAUGCUCUUGACCAGUCCAACAGCUCGGAUGCUGCAGCAAUUUCUGCCAUGGAGGCGGCAGCUAACGACUCCACCUCUCCAUCUUCAGACCCAGGGAUAGCAGAUAUGAACCAGCGGGGUUACAUAACUUCAGACCAGGACAAGGACCUCAGCUCUCCAGGCUCUGACUCUGACAUUGAAGGGGAGCUGGAGGCAGCAUUUGCAUGUGGAGGUCCUGUAGUCUCCAACAUGAUCUCUUCUAUCUCAGAGACAGAGUUGGACCUUACCAGUGAUGACAGUAGCAGCGGGCGCUCAUCUCAUCUCACCAACUCCAUUGAGGAGGCCAGCUCGCCUACAUCAGACCAGGAAUUGGACCCGGAUACAGAGUUAGAGCAGGACAGUGGCAUCGUUGGACUGAAAGCAUCUCUACUUCUGGGCCAGCCGGACCCAAUCAAAGAAGGGUCCCCUCUUCCAUCUCCUUCCCCUCUACCUUCACCCACUAUUGCGACACCAUCCCCGGUUGACUCGCCCAUCUUACCCACUGAGUCUUACGAUGAUGGUCAAGCUCUGAUGGGGCUGCAGAAUGUGGAUGAUGAGCUGUCCUGCGAGCACCAGGCUGACCCAGAUGAAACUCUGCCGCCAGCCCAGCGCUGCGAGGACAGUCUGUCCAGACAGAUGGUGCUCCAGAUAGAACCAGACCACAGCCUAGAGAGCUUCAAACGCUCCUUCUACCUGCCAGUGGGACCCAGGCUAAUGCCAAGUGCAGAUGAAUAUGAUGGAACAAGUGAGGGAGACUCUGAAUCAGAAAGUGAGGAUGACCUGAGUGAGAACUCAGACUCACCUUGGCUGCUCAGUAACUUGGUCAACAGGAUGAUCUCAGAGGGCUCGUACCCAAUCAGCUGUCCCGAGGAGUGUUUCAAGAGGAAGGUGUCUGUGUCUGACACCAUCUCACCAUCCUCAGACAUUGGAGAGGGAGAUGGAUUCAAUGAUGAGGACAGAGAGAAGAAACCAGGGAUGCAGGGAUCAGAGGAAGAAGAGAAGGAGGGUGAAGGGUACAGAAUGGAGAGGAUGGAGCCUGGAGAAAGGAAGAGCAUUGAGUUUUCAAAAGACGGUGCAAUGAGAAGUCCCUGUCUCUAUAUGAACAACCCUACUGGUGACACCAUAACCCCUCUGAUUUUAGAGCGCUGUACAAACAACAGUACCACAGAUUUUAAUUCUGUGUAUACCACUACAGACUCUGAGAAGAACUUCACCGACAAACCAUCGAAGAAUGGCAGGAGACAGGAGGAAGACGAAGAGCCCAAUAACGACUUGAUGAUGCUGGAGGGGAGGAAGGAUCUGGACUCGCCAAGCCUGACUGAGAGCGUGGUCAGUGACAAGGAUGAAGGUAGAGAGACAGAGCCCAGGCCAACAAGCCGUUCCUCGGCCUCUCUUGAGCGGAUCACCGAGGUCAAACACAGCCUGACACUGGACAUCCCAACCGCUCAGACCAACCGCUGCUUCAGCCUUACCUACUCCACAGACAAUGAUGAGGAGGAGGACGACGGGGACUCUUAUCCAUUCCUGGGUGGUUUAAGGAAAGAGUCCUACAGGGGUAGUGACUUGGAGCUUGACAGUUCGCCGCCCAUUGAUGCCAGUGUGCAAGAUCAUCCCAUAUCUGACCAUGACCUCCCACUGUGUGAGAAAGAUCUGGCUCUAAGGCAGCCGAAUGAAGAUGAUGGACUGGCCUAUGAUUCCAUGAAAUACACACUAGUGGUGGAUGAAAAUACUACGCUGGAACUAGUCAGCCUCAGAAGGUGCACCUCUGUUCUGAGCGAUGACAGUGAGCUUUCAACGCUAUGUGACGAGGAGCCUUUGGGAACGGGUGAGGUGGGCUAUGGUCAAGAUGAUGAGGAGGAGGUGAGGCCAGAACUCCUCAGUUCUUCUGAGGACUCCUCCCCUGAGGCUGACCUCCCGUUCUCCAAGAAGUUCCUCAACGUAUUUGUCAACAGCACCUCCCGCUCCUCCAGCACAGAAUCCUUUGGACUCUUCUCCUGUACCAUCAAUGGAGAGGAGAGGGACCAGACACACAGGGCAGUCUACAGGUUCAUUCCCAGACAUGCAGAUGAGCUGGAGCUGGAUGUGGAUGAUCCUUUAUAUGUGGAGGAGGAGGAGGAUGACUACUGGUACAGAGGCUAUAACAUGCGGACGGGGGAGAGGGGUAUCUUCCCUGCCUUUUAUGCCCAUGAGGUCGUAGGCCAGUCUAAGGAGUUGUUGGGAAUGAAAAGAAAUCCAGCAUGGAUUGAGACUUUCAGCGUUCAGUUUUUGGGAUCUGUGGAGGUACCUUAUCACCAAGGCAAUGGUAUUCUCUGCGCUGCCAUGCAGAAGAUUGCAAUAUCAAGGAAGCGGACGGUACAUGUACGACCUCCCUCUCUGUGUGAGCUGGAGAUUAGUUUGCAAGGAGUGAAACUAAUCAUGAGCCUGGAGGAUGAAUAUGACACCCUGGAUGAGUAUGACAGAUGUAGUCACUUCUUCCAGAUGAAGAACAUCUCAUUCUGUGGAUGCCAUCCGAGGAACAACUGCUACUUUGGCUUCAUCACUAAGCACCCCAUGCUGAACAGAUUUGCUUGCCACGUGUUUGUUUCCCAGGAGUCCAUGCGACCUGUAGCAGAGUGUGUUGGACGAGCCUUCCAGGAAUACUACCAGGAACAUCUGGAGUACGCCUGCCCCACCGAGGACAUCUACCUGGAGUAAGAAGUGUUGCCAUGACGACCACCUUCUUCCUCUUCAGCUUGUGUAUGUUCAUCAAGUUUGCCACCAGAGGGUGCUGUCAGUGGGGUCUUCUCUCCAUUGUAAAAUACUCUCCUGUGUCCCUCUAAAACUGGGAUCUUCAUUUCUACAGUAUGCUAGGCAUUUGACUGAUUUCAUUCAUCUCUCUUUCUCUUUGUUUAUUUCCAUCACCUCGAUGGAUUGAUUGCCUGUUUCUUUUAUCUUUUUCUAUGAUAUAAAACUAAGACGCUGAGCACCUGUUUAUUUAAAGGUUCCUCUUUUGAAAUGAAAACAAUAUACCUACUACUGCUGUUUCACUUUUCAAUGCAUGGCUAGUAGGGUUAAUGCACACAGACACACCAAGAAAUACACAUAUCCAAGUGAAUGGCAAGCAGCUCAACAAUCAGUACGGGAAUGAUGUAGAAUCAAGAGGUUGGCGUUUAAUUAACUGUAAAUAUGUAUUUGUUCAAUAUUGACAAACUGCUAAUUUGAUUUCUACUGAUAGUGACAUUGGAGCAAAGUAGAGAGAGUACAGUGAACUGUCCUUGGUCCGAGCUUACCCCUGUGUUGCGUACAAGAUGUAGUGUGUGUUGUAAAUACAUGUAUAGAAAGUAGACAUACAGGCGCCUCAUCCACUCUAAUUAAGAAACUCACAGUUAAGGCGGAUGAAGGGGAUUUUGUUCUUAGUUUUGUCAUGAGUGUUAACAACUCAGACUGAGAGGAGUAAUUGCAGGUGUAUGACUCGGAAUGAACUUUGAAUGUCAUUAGCCCUGCAGAUAUUUUAUUCAGCUUGGAUUAGGCGCAGUAACUGUCAGCGCAUUUGGACGAUAUGACAGACCCCAUUUUACUUUUGUUUGGUCCUUAAAAAUUGCUACGUUUGCUGACCUUCACCAGUGGGGGAGCUUUCAUAGGAAAUCAUUCAGCUGUUAAACUGUGGAUCACUGUAUGCUUUGCAAUGAUUGAUGUGACUUUCAGGUCAAAGCAAGCUAAGGCCCUGUGAAAAGCCAUAUUCUCACACCUCUGACUGUUUAACUCUCGUUUCCAGUGAUGUCUUAGUCUCCGUUUUCUUUUGACUUGGCAGUUUCAAUGAGGGAAAAGGAAUGACUGGAUUGACCUGUGGCCAUCAGUAAUGCUGUACGGCAGCGUGCCUACUGGGCAAUGAGAGCGUCCUGUUAAUAUUUGGUCCUGGUAUCACAAUGGAAUCAAACCUUUAAUAAAGCAUUAAAAAGGAGGUUUUAUAGUUAUGUAAAUGGUUAGACUUUGCUCUUGUUUUUUAAUCUAUGAUGGACAGAACAAAUGGCAACAUGUUCUCAUAUUUAUUUAUUGCUUUUAGUCUGGUCAUGGGUUAAAGCAUUAUUAGCAUGUUACACAAUAGCCUUGUCUGGGGUUGUUGUAACAUAUCAUGGCUUACUUUCUAGCACCUUACAUAGGGGAGGGGGUAUAUUUAAAAAAUGAUGCAGUCACCACAGUUAACUGUUACCUGGAAUUUCAGGCUUUGAAGCUUGCCCCUCCCUAGCAUCCACAUUGUUCUUUCAGACACUGUUCAGCAUCUUGUUCUGCUGCUUCCAGUCACAGUCCACCAGAACAAACAGAACACCUCAGAUCUGCAGGACAUCAGUGUAAAAAGUUAAUUGAACGUUGAUAUGGCAGGAGGGAGGUGGGGUGUUAUCUACAUAUGUAUCGCUGUCAGUUAGAUCAUGUAUAUACAAUAGCGAAUCUAAGAUAGUGCUGUGUCCUUUAUGUUGAGUAUGUUACUGAAAUGAAUAUGUACAUUAAUUAAAAAGAAAUUUUAAAAAAAGAUCACAACCUGACAAAAACCCCUGAGAGAAAAAGAAAAACACGUAAAUAUCUGUGAUCUGCAAUAAUUUUAUUUCAGUGUCUUAUGUUUCUACACAAGGUGUUAUCUCAGUAUCUGUCACACAGGUGGCACCUGGGUUCCUGCCAACUCCAUUACUCUCUACAAACAGGCUUUCAGCACAUUUAGGGCACAUUUGUGAGAUGUGACAUCAUUAGUGUGUGACGCACCCACCAGACUACUGACCAAUCUGCUGUUAGAGCUGAAUAGUGACUGAGUCAGCCGCCACUGGAAAACUAUUAUUGCGUCUUGCCGAUUAUAGUAAUCGCCUUUGAGCUCCGACAGUGUGACCCAUUUCUGAUCUGUAUCUAUUUGCUUCUGAUUAUGUUUUUCUAUCUUGUUACAGCCUAGUUAAAAAUCCUUCUUUCCACACAGCUACACAAAAACAACCUCUGAGGAUGAUCUAGUCCCAUAUAGCCAUUGAGACAUACAUUAACAGUUAAACCAAACUUUUGACUUUAUUACAUUAACAAGAUUCUUCACUGUAUACCUAGAGCAAAACAGUAUGUGACAGAACAAACAUAUCCUAUCUUGUAUCUUUAAAAACAAGGACUUGUAAAAUUCAAGGGAAAAACUAAGAAAAAAAAUGACAAAAAAAUCACUCUGCCUUGUCAUGGAUUUGGUCUUAUGAAUAAAAUAUAUGCUUGAUGUCCAAAA